AUGGAGAGGGCAGGAACAUCGGAAGACUACCAGUUCAAGGUGGUUUUGCUCGGUGAAGGGGCUGUUGGUAAAUCCUCUCUCUUGAUGCGGUAUGUGGAAAACAAAUUUAGCCCAAGGCACAUAUCUACAAUCCAGGCUAGCUUUCAAUCCAAGCAAGUCGAUAUCGAUGGUGCUCAUAUAACAUUGAACAUAUGGGAUACAGCAGGUCAAGAGAAGUAUCAUGCCCUUGGGCCAAUCUACUAUCGUGGUAGCCAAGGAGCUCUUCUCAUCUUUGACAUUACUGAUCAACGAUCUUUCGAGAGAGCGAAAGUAUGGCUGAAAGAGCUACAAAGAGCAUUGGGAGAUUCCGUAGUGUUGAUGAUAGUGGGAAACAAAUUCGAUUUGGCAAGAAACAGGACCGUUCCACUCGAAGAAGCUCAGGAGUAUGCUUCAUCAAUGGGCGCUAUGUAUGAAGAAACUUCCGCGAAAGAAGAUAUCGGAAUCGAACACACAUUCGAAAGAUUGUGUAAAGCUAUGAUAACUAUAGCAAAGGAUUCGUCAAAAAGUCGAACGGAUGGCAAUACGAGAGGCAGAAGAAUUGAGUUGGUCGACGAAGAACCAUCUCAUAACAGGGGAAAAUGCUGCAAAUAG